AUGAUAUGUCUUUACAUAUUUUUUGGUAUUUCAGCAACUUUCUUUUUUUUCCUUGCAGACUAUGUUUAUUUUGAAAAUUCUUCCAGCAAYCCAUAUCUCAUUAGGAGAAUUGAAGAACUGAACAAGACUGCCAAUGGAAAUGUGGAAGCAAAAGUGGUGUGUUUUUACAGACGAAGAGAUAUUUCUAACAGCCUUAUAAUGCUUGCAGAUAAGCAUGCUAAAGAAGUUGAAGAAGAGUCUGAAACUACAAUUGAGGUUGAUUUGACUGAUAAACAGAAACAUCAGUUGAAGCACAGAGAGCUUUUCCUUUCUCGCCAGUAUGAGUCCCUACCAGCAACGCAUAUCAGGGGAAAAUGCAGUGUUGCACUUCUGAAUGAGACAGAAUCUGUGCUGUCAUACCUGGAGAAAGAGGAUGCUUUUUUUUAUUCAUUGGUAUAUGAUCCAUCGCUGAAAACGCUAUUAGCAGACAAGGGAGAAAUCAGAGUGGGGCCUAGAUAUCAAGCAGAUGUGCCAGACAUGCUUGUGGAAGGAGAAUUAGAUGACAGAGAACAGGCAAAGCUGGAAGUAAAAGUAUGGGAUCCAGAUAGYCCCCUUACUGACCGUCAGAUUGACCAAUUUUUAGUUGUAGCACGUGCGGUUGGUACGUUUGCUCGAGCCUUGGACUGCAGUAGUUCUGUCAGGCAACCCAGUUUACACAUGAGUGCAGCUGCUGCUUCCCGAGACAUCACACUGUUUCAUGCAAUGGAUACACUGCAUAAACACAACUAUGAUCUGAGCAGUGCCAUCAGUGUUCUGGUGCCACUGGGAGGRCCUGUCUUGUGUAGAGAUGAAAUGGAAGAGUGGUCAGCAUCAGAAGCUAGUUUGUUUGAAGAGGCRUUGGAAAAGUAUGGCAAGGACUUCAAUGACAUUCGACAAGACUUUCUCCCUUGGAAGUCGCUGACCAGCAUCAUUGAAUAUUACUACAUGUGGAAAACCACUGACAGAUAUGUGCAGCAGAAACGUCUGAAAGCGGCUGAAGCAGAAAGUAAAUUGAAACAAGUAUACAUCCCCACCUACAAUAAACCAAAUCCCAAUCAAAUAUCCAGCAACAAUGGGAARCCUGCUGCAGUCAAUGGAGCAAUGGGAGCCUCUUACCAGGCACAAGCCACAGUAAUAGGUCGGGCUUGUGAAAGCUGCUAUACUUCACAGUCUCACCAAUGGUAUUCUUGGGGUCCUCCCAACAUGCAGUGUAGGUUGUGUGCAUCCUGCUGGAUUUACUGGAAGAAAUAUGGUGGCCUGAAAAUGCCCACGCAGACAGAUGAUGAUAAACUGUCUUCCAGCCAACCUACAGAGGAGCCGCAUGUCCGAACUCACCUGUCCCGGCAGGCCACGCAGGGCACCCCGGUGCGGAACACGGGCAGCCCCAAGUCAGCGGUGAAAACACGUCAGGCUUUCUUCCUGCACACCACGUGUUGGACAAAACUGGCCCGUCAGGUCUGCAAAAAUACCCUCCGGCUGCGGCAGGCAGCGCGACGUCCCUUUGUCCCUAUUAACUGUGCUGCCAUUAAGGCAGAAUAUGCAGAUCGACAUUGUGAACUUGCUGGGAAUCCUCUGAAGAUAAAAAGCACCAGAAAACCACUGUCGUGUAUUAUUGGGUAUUUAGAGGURCAUCCUGCGGUAAAACCCAAUGUAAUCAGGUCAACACCAAGCCUUCAAAGUCCAAGUGCAAAACGACUGCUUGCACCCUCCAAUCACUCUUCCCUAAGCAUCUUGGGAAAAAGAAACUACAGCCAUCACAAUGGGUUUGAUGAAUCAUCCAGCCAUACAACAAGAACAAUAAUGCACGCUGCUCCCCACAUCCACAUGACCAACGGGAAGGCCUUGCCAGCCGCUGCAGGCGCCAUUAAGGCAAGCACCAUUCCGGUGAUCAAGAGACAGAGGCAAAACUGGCUCGAUGCUUCAGAUGACGGCUUCUUUAUAGCUACAGAAGAGACCAGAAGAAUCCGUAAGAAGUUCACCAGAUCACAGCUGAAAAGAGCUUCCAGAACACCUUGUUCUCCGAUCAUUGCAAAGACAAAGUCUCUCAUGAACAAUAGACAGGCCCGAACAGAGCCAGGAUCCAUCACACACUGAAGAUAUAACAGCAUCAGCACCAUAAUAAUGUCAAAAUCAUGUUCAAUUGUGAAUGCAGACAUAACAGGACUUCCCACAUCUUUGAGACAGAAACAUUGUGUGGACAUAUUGUGGCUGGGUUCUGUGUUCUGGGUAGGAUCCAACAGCAGCCCUUGUUCUGCCUCAUCUCUGCAAGGGCUACUCCUGGUUCCCUAUCCCAGAUUCCCUCCRUUCCCAGUCAUCAGUGUUGGCUGGUCAGGGAGAGGCUGUUUGCACUGGUCCCACUGAAGGAGCAUGGAUGCAGAGUCCACCCAUCACAUUUGUCUAUGCCUUCUAGUGGUUCAACAAAAAUAUGCAGCUUUCAAAACUAUUGCAGCAUCUUUAAAGCAGGAUUUAGCCUUGAGGGGUUGCAUCUUCAAAAACAAAUGCAAACUCCGAGUGUUCGUAUUUUUCAGUAUUGGCUUGAGUCACCUUGGAUUUGAUUUUCUAAACUGAAUGUCCACAAGGGCAUAUUGUUCWGCAGUUCUGAAACUUGGACUGAAUUAGGAAUUGCCCAUAAUUAGUGACCAGUUUUGAAAAUGUUGGCCAUAUUAGCUUUGGUUAAAAUCCUGGAAAGUAUUAUGUGUGACAGUGAACAUCCAGCUGGACUAGUUGCAUGUGUAGGAACUGGUGCCGUUGUCUCUAUAUUUGAAAGCAUCCACCUUUUUCUUUGGGUAUUUUUUGCAUUUCUUGAAGCCUAUUCUGAAUAGUGAAAACCACCAGAACAAGAUUCCCAGAAAACACAMAGAAAUAAAUUAUUUCUUAUUAGUAAUGUCUCUCCACAAAAUAAUUUCUUCAUUUUUUAUAUGUCUGGAUUAAAAGAUGUCUUGCAGAAUGCUUUGAAGUUCAUAAAUGUAAGGCUACAGUUGGAUACUUACCAYGGAGAGAUGAUGUGCCUUUUGAAACUUCUUGUAGGAAACUGUCAGUCUCCCUGAAGGUGGGAAUGGCAACAGAGGCAGGUCUUUUUUUUCUACUCAGGUACUCACAGGUGAACAAUCUCUGCCCUACUUUGAAAUCCAGAGAAAACCAGUGUGUAACGCUGCUGUGUAAACCUAGCUGGGAUAUAUUAAUUGUCUGAGAUGUGUUGUCCUUCAAUAGGUUUUGAUUCCCUUUAGUGGCUUUUAAAGAUGUGGUGUGACACUGAACACAUCACAGGAAAUUGGGAUGAAUUUCAAGAGUUGUUUUUUGUCUCUCUUGACUAGGUAGCUCUAACAGUAUCAUGCAGACUUGAGAUUUUUUUUUCCAGUUGUGGACAUGCACCCAAUUUUGUGUUUAGAAAGAAAAAGAUGUAAGUGACGUCUCACACUUCUGGGUGAUUCCCUAAAAAUUGUUUCUCUCCAUGCAUUUUAUGCUUUCAGACUGAAAGAACAUGUGAUCCCAGUCUAUAAUUAGCCAUACUCUCCAAGUAGAAUUUUGAGCUCUUAAGGAAGUGACCCAGAUGCUUCUUCAAAGAAGAAAGCACCCUGACCUCUUGAAAGGACUUGCUGAUAAUUUUGCAUAAUGAUGGAUCCAGGUCUUGUCCGCUGUCCUUCACCAGCAAGAAAAGGGUGGAUAUGGAGGAGAGGCUGAUGACAUGAAGUGCUUGCUCCCAGUGCCCUGAACUCUUUAGUGAAUGUCACUGUUUUGGACUCAGUUGGAGAAGACCUGGCAUUCAUCUGCCUACAGUACUUUCCAGUAGCCACUGAAAUGUGCAGCCUUAGGAGUCCCUUCUAGACACAGGAUUUGUUUUUUCCUCUGAACAGGAGGGCUCUUCAUCAGUUAGCUGAGUGGAGACAACCUACUCUUAUUAGUAAGAAUUGCCUUUAUUAACUGCAACAUAUGGAAACACCUUCUGUAUAAUAGCUUCCUCACCCAUUAGAAUAAAGAAAACAUGAUUAUUCAGCAAUCUAUUUGACUGAAAGUAUCAACAACAUGAAUAUAAUGAGCUUUGUCUCCCUCAGACAUCAGUGAAAUCACACACAGCAGACUCAUUUUCGAAGUGUUGUUAGCUGUAAGGUGGUA